UUAUUAGUUCUUUUAUUAGUAGUCGGCUAAGGCACAUUCCACAAUCGUGUUCGAUGAACACAAAUGACUAUUACGGUGGCACUACAAUUCUGGCCGCUGAAUUCGAUGGGGGUGUUGUGUUGGGCGCUGACACGCGCACUAGCUGCCGUACCUACGUCUCGAAUCGAACGGCAGAUAAGCUAACUCGGAUCACCGAUCACAUCUAUUGCUGUCGCAGUGGCUCGGCCGCCCAGACUCAGACACUGGCCGAGUCGGUCGGUAGUUCGUUGUGCGGCUUUCAGAACUUCAGCAAUGCGUCGUGUUUGGUGCGCGAUGCGGCCGUACAAUUCCGGAACAAAAUCUAUUCAACACGCAAGUUGCUGCUGGCCAGCAUCAUAGUCGCCGGCUGGGAUCGGGCGCUGGGCGGUCAGGUGUAUACGGUGCCAAUAUCGGGACUACUCGUCCCCGAACGGUACGCCAUGGCCGGCUCCGGCUCCAGCUACAUCCAGGGCUUUAUGGCGGCGCACUUUAAGCCGGGCCUGAAUCAAGAGGAUGUGGUCGAUGUUGUCAAAAGAGCCAUCCGGCUGGCCAUAAGGCAGGACUGCAGCUCGGGCGGUGUGAUACGCAUUGGCGUCAUCACCGCAGACGGCAUGAGUACGUCCAUCUAUCCCAAGGAGGAUCCCGACACUCUCGACAAAUGCACAGACUCAGAUUUGAAAAUAUUUGGAAAUGAUUCAUUUGAGACAUGAUUGAAUGGAUGCUCUUGUUUUUCUAUCUUCUUUAGAAAGCAAGUAGUUUCCUUAUUGUCUAGCUAGUUUCUGGAUGCAUAUGGUUCGGACUACGAUUAGGUAUCCUUCUGGCUAUGUAAAAUUGUAUACUUGUUCAUAAAGUAAAUGUAA